ACUGAGCGCUAGUACGUCACCGUGCUAUUACCUUUCAGUGGCCACGUUUUGCCAAGUGUCGAACACCCAGAAAGCAAAGGGAAAACUUUUAUAAAUAGCGCAUUGAGCUGCUUCAGACACUCUCUCAAACCAAGGUGCAGCGUAGAGUUUAAUGACUGAUUCUUCUACACCCUCUACAUUUUUUUCAGACUUUUUUGAAUCAAAACGAUUGAUUUGGUUUUUCUACCUCGCCUUCUCUCGCUUCCCAUUAUUGGAUGAUUAUUUUUAACUGUUAUUUUUUUUUUGGGAAUUCGGCAUUUUCCACCGGUAAGUGCUUUUUGUCUUCUCUCCAUUGAUCUAGUUUUCGUCCCUAAAUGUAUAUGCCAUUGGAGUACUGAUGCAAUGGUGGAAUUGAUUAUAUAAGUACUUAUGUUAUAUAUUUUUGGGUUUUCGCAUAUGAAUGAAAAUGUUUUAUGAAUUGAUCUAGUGUUUAUGCAAAUCAUUUUUGAUAAGUACCAUGAAAAUGGUAUUGGAUACGUAACCAUAAAAUGGUCUGAAUGACAAUUUAUAGUGAAGACUAUUUGUGGGACACGUGCUUCUGCAAACAAUUUUUAUGGGUUUUUCAUUUUUUUCAGUUUUUAAUGAUAUUUCACUUCUUGGGUGGUUGUGGAAGGUUCAGUUAGGAGGAAUAACACCUUUAAACUAGGUUAGAGGAGGGAAGUAUGGAGCCUCUAUGUGAGUUUUGUAGGGUGGCGAGGGCAGUGGUGUAUUGUAAAUCAGAUUUGGCUUGCCUUUGCUUGCACUGUGAUGGGUGUGUACAUUCUGCUAAUUCUUUGUCCCGAAGGCACAUGCGUUCUCUCUUAUGUGAAAAGUGCUACUCCCAGCCUGCAAUUGUCCGAUGCAUGGAUGAUAAAAUGUCUCUUUGUCAAGGCUGCGACUGGAAUGGCAGUGAGUGUUCAAGGCUGGGGCAUCGGUGCCACCCAUUGAAUUGUUAUACCGGUUGCCCUUCUUUGGAAGAGUUGUCAAGGAUUUGGUCCUCACUUCCUGAUAUUCCCCCUUCAAGUGGUUUUGAUAGUGGUUGGGAGCACGUGAGCACACUGCCUAUAGAUGAGAAUUGCAUCAGCAACUGUUUGGAACAAAGAGAAAAUGAGGGAUCAUUUGGGUUAGUGGCAAGCAAGCUGAAUGAACUAGAACCUUGCUCUAAGUCUGACCCUUGGAUGGAGCUGUCUUCUGUGAUUCAACCGAAUCCAAAUUCCAUGCCUCGCUGCAGAGAUCAAGCACCUCUCUUCCCUGAAGAAUCAAGUUUGCCAAAGGAUGCUUCUGAUUUCAAGGAUCUUGGAAUUCAUGAUGGCAACGAUCUCUAUGAAGGUCUUAACAUGGAUGAUGUUCCAUUAACCUUAAAAAAUGGUGAGAUAUUUGGCUGUCCACAAGGUACUACCAUAUACCAGUUUGAGGACGGAGGAAUGGAAUGCCAAUCAAUGGAGAAAAACUUAUCAGUCACUGAAUCUAAUGGUCCUAUUGAGAGUACUUUGGAGGCAUCUUCGUCAGGACAACAAAAUUGUGUGGCUUUUCAAUCUUCUCAUCUUGGUGGGUCAACUAGUGUUAUGCAGUCCAUUAAUGGUAAUGCAAAUUGCUUACCAAUGAAUCAACCUUGCACUGGAAACCUCAAUCUGGGGUUACCUACUGCGCAAGUUCACUCAAGCAUGUCACUUUCAUUAUCCAACAUCACGGGUGAAAGUAGUGUAGCUGAUUAUCAAGAUUGUGGAUUGUCACCAGUGUUUCUAACAGUUGAAUCACCUUGGGAAUCAAAUUUGGAGGCUAGCUGCCCACAAGCAAGGGAAAAAGCUAAGAUGAGAUACAAUGAGAAAAAGAAAAGUCGAUCGUUUGGUAAACAAAUAAGAUAUGCCUCACGCAAAGCCAGAGCUGAUACUAGAAAGCGUGUGAGAGGGAGAUUUGUGAAAGCUGGCGAAGCAUAUGAUUAUGACCCUCUUGUGACAGGGAACUUCUGAGCCAUAUCACCCAUUGUCCACUCCUUGACUUGCAUGGCAAUGCCUGCUCAGAUGAGCAGAUUUUGUGCACAUUAGCAUAUAUUCAGCACUGGUAGCCCUUAGAAUAAAUUAGAUGUUCACAUCUCUGGAUUCUGGACUCCGUAUACUGCCUCACCUAAUAUUUUAAUAAUCACUUGGGAGAUGCAAUUGACAAAAAACCUCCUGUGAGAACCUUUGGUUCAUGCCCUUUUGUGUAUCCUAGCGAAAAGCCUAGUUUGCUAUUGCUGCCCCCACCUCCAGCAACCUUGCCAUAAGGAAAAGAGCAAAAUUAAACUGCAAGAGUGUCUGGCUGGUCUAAAGUUGAGAACAUUGGCAAAGGAAAAAUUAUAUUGUCUCUUAUAAUUAAAGAUUAUGAUUAAAUGAUUAUGAAUAAGACUUCUGUUGGAAGAAAGUACUGGCUACAGUAUGAGAGUGCGCUAUUUGGUAAAUUUCUUUAGAAGGAUGGCAAGGAAGUCCAGAACAUGAAUUGAAGCAAGCUUUCUGGUUAGUGUGCUAUUUGGUAAUUUACUGGCUACUUCAUCAGCUGUAUUAAGAAGUUAUCUUAGUUUGCAAUCAUCUGGGAGCUGUAUAUAUCAAUCUUGUGUGGAUGAGAAGGUAGGAUUACCAGUAUGGUGUUAUCGAUACUAAGGCUUGCAUAGCUUUCUUCUGUCACAAGGGCUAUGCUUUGAGAUUAAUAUCGACGGAUUUAAAGGCAAUAUCAUUCUUAUUCCAUCACAAGGAAGCUAAGAUUUUAGCUGCAACUUUAGCUCCCUUUAAAAAACCAGUCACCAAUAUAUAAUUAGUGACCGAUCACGAAGCAGCAACUGAGCUGUCUGGACGUACUCUUGGUGCUGACGGUAUUCCUCACUACACAUCUCUCCCUUCUGCUGAACUUCAUUUUUUUUUUUUUUUUUUUAGUUUGGCUAAUCAGUGCUUCCCUACCAACCUCAUUUAAAACGAGUGCAAACUGCAAGGCUUGUGGUAUUAUCAGGAUGGGUGUGUUGGGACAUCUCACAUCUCUCGCAUAUGAUUGGUUUAUCUCUGUGAUAGUCUACCAAUGAGAACAAAACAGGUGGUCAUGUGGUAAUAAGAACAAUACAGGUCAUACACUAUUGGAAUUAAUGUUUUAACAGAAGGUGGAACAGAUGAUGGAGCCAUGAAUUUUGGAACUUCUGGGACAUUCGGGUAUGCUCUUCAUGAUUUUCGUUCCAUUUCCUUCUUAGAUGUUACUGACGUGAUAUUCUCCAUCAAUUCUUAUAUUAACUAUUUUUUUUCUUAAAUAAUAAAUUCAAGGAUUGAUGAAUAAUAUUAUAUCAACGUCAUACUAAGAUAGGAGGGAACAAGGAUAUGGUACAUCGCAUUUUCUUUCCCAAAAUCAUAUUCAAGGGUUAUCUUAGAGUUAUAAAUCUGUAUCAACCAUUGAUAAAAUCUAGAGUAACAACAAUCUAUUCAUUAUUUUGAGCCUACUACGCAUCCUUUUUGUAACAGAUAUUUACCCAGCAUAUGAUGGAUCACCCUCUUUACCACCACAAAUUCCUUCUGGUAUGGCGAGACAGAUUUUUGUCCACAAUAUAGCCAUCUUUGUGAAUUAAAGUUUCAAAAAUUUAUAGGUGAAUGUGAGGAUCAAAGAAAAAAUAUGCAUCUUGUUGAAGUAAAUAUGAUUCAUAUUACCAUCAUUGGUUUAGACUUGUAUAUGAUGUUGCAACUAACGAAAGGUCGAUGAUCCCUUAGAGAAUCUGGUAACCCAGAAACAUAUGAAAUUCACUGCUCUAUGGAUGGCCAAUAUAUAUAUAUGCUUCAUAGAUACAAAUCCUCUAUGCCAAUGGAACAAAGCAAGACUGACAGCCUCAAAAGAAAGGGCAAAAGAAAAUAGAAAAAUACAUGGUGAAAGAUAAGAAAAUACUGAUCUGAAACUAGAAUAAAAAAGUGAAGAUCAGAGCAGCAGAAAAGGCAUUUUUAGCUUCCUCGAGCACUGCUUCCCUAUGGCCGAAUUACAAUGAUCACUUCCCUCCGACAAACUUACUAUUGUUGGAAGCACCACCUCGAACGAGGCUCCAAGAAGAUAUCGUUGAGUAAGGUUUUGACAUGUGUUGCAGAGAAAACACCUAAUAUGCCUGAGGGCUAAGAAAUUAGCCCCAUGAACACAUUUAUCGCAUUUUCUGCACAGAAAAGCAUCAUCGGCUUGGCAAUAGAGUGAAGCCCUGGAGCCGCAGAGCUCGCAAGGCACCGUGGCGGCUGUGGCACGAGGCGUAUCUUCUGCAUCUAGGUGGGUGGACUGCAGCCUGCAGAGGCCACCUAACUUUUCCUCUUCAAGUCCUCUGCACAUUCUUUGGAAACUCAGUAUGGCGAGGCAUAGAAGUUGGGAGGAAAGUAGCCUUUUAUAGAACAUACGUAGACAAAAUGCAAACAUUAUUCCACCUGAAAAGAAAUAUUAUUUUUUUUCUUCUUUCGUUGGCCACAUAUUAUUUCUCACACUCGGAGGCCAUGAAAGUGAAUUAUGUCCGAGAAUUCUUCAAUAAUGACAGCCUUUUCUUUUA